AUGGCUUCCUCCGCACCCACUACUGACUCUGCCCAGGAUGUCACCAACACGCAGGGAAUGACUUUUGAUGACAUGGGUCUGAGUCGUGAACUGCUGAUGGGCAUUUGGGAGGCGGGGUUCGAGCGCCCAUCUCCCAUUCAAGAAGAGGCUAUCCCUACAGCGCUCACCGGCCGUGAUAUCCUUGCCCGUGCCAAGAAUGGAACCGGCAAGACUGGCUCCUUCAUCAUCCCUACCCUCAACCGCGUCGACCCCAAGCUCCCCCACAUCCAGGCUGUUCUCCUCGUUCCCACCCGUGAGCUCGCCCUGCAGACGUCGCAGGUGUGUAAAACAUUGGGCGCCCACAUCCCCGGCCUCCAGGUCAUGGUAACCACCGGAGGAACGACACUGCGCGACGACAUCAUGCGUCUCCAAGAGCCUGUCCACAUCCUCGUCGGCACGCCCGGUCGUAUUCUUGAUCUUGGCGGAAAGGGCAUUGCCGACCUCAGCAAGUGCGGCAUUUUCGUCAUGGACGAAGCCGACAAGCUUCUCUCCGAAGAGUUCACCCCGGUCGUUGAGCAAAUGCUCCGCUUGUGCCCCCGCGAGAGGCAGGUGAUGCUCUUCUCCGCGACUUUCCCCGUUCACGUCAAGGACUUUAGGAACCGUAACAUGGUCCAGCCUUACGAAAUCAACCUCAUGGACGAGCUCACCCUCAAAGGUGUCACUCAGUUCUACGCUUACGUCGAGGAGCGCCAGAAGGUGCACUGCUCCAGAUCAACCAGUCGAUCAUUUUCUGUAACUCGACCAACCGCGUCGAGCUCCUCGCGAAGAAGAUUACGGAGCUCGGCUACUCCUGCUUCUACUCACAUGCCAAAAUGCUCCAAUCUCACCCUGACGUCAGAUUUGCUCACCCGUGGUAUCGAUAUCCAAGCCGUCAAUGUUGUCAUCAACUUCGAUUUCCCCCGCACUGCCGAGUCGUACCUCCAUCGCAUUGGUCGUUCCGGUCGCUUCGGUCAUCUUGGUCUUGCCAUCUCCCUCCUCACGUACGAGGACCGUCAGAAUCUCUACCGCAUCGAGUCCGAACUGGGCACCGAGAUUCAGCCCAUCCCCGCUGUCAUCGACCCUGUCCUCUAUGUCGCUCCCGCCAUCGAGGAGCCCACUCCUCCCGCUCGCUCCGCCCCUCCUCCCGCAUCUCGUCCCCCUCAGAACCAGAACAACGCCAGCCCGCCGGGUCAGCAGCAGCAGACCCAGCAACAUUAUCAGCAGCAGCAACAGUACCAGCACCAGCAGCAAUACCAGCAGCAGUAUCAGCAACAGCAGCAUGCCCCUCAGCAGCACCAGCCCCCGGCCCACCACAACAUUGCCCAGCCGGCUGCUCAUCCGCCCCCUGAGGUCCUGGCCGCCCAACAGGCGCAGGCGCACGCCCACAACGGCGCCACCCCUCCUCAGCAGGCUCAACAGCCCCAGCAGCAGCAGCAGCAGCAGCCUCGUGAUGGUUCGCGCCCUAACAGCAGCAACCGCGGACGCUCUCAGCAGCGUGGCCGUGGCGGUGGUCGCGGAGGAGCCGGCAACGGCAAUCGUGGUCCUCGCCAGGGCGGUCAGCAGCAGGCUGCUGCUACCCCUUCGGCUUGA